AUGGAGGCACCAAGACACCUGGUCACAGUCAAGCUGCCGGUGUCUGUUCGAAACGAACAACUCCAGAAAGCCAACGUCGAACUCGCAAAGCUCUACAGACAAGAAGCCGACCACGCUGCGACUCUGGCUGAAGAAAUCAAGGCCCUGAAGCUAUCAAAGGCCGAAAUGGACAAAGCAAACGACUCCAAGGCCGACCAGUUCCAGACAAUGAAGAACGACCUCCAAGCUCUCGAGGCCGAAAACGAAAUCCAGAAGAAGGAGAUCGAGCAGCAGAAGAAGGAGAUUCGCAGCCAUCGACAAUACAAGGUGAAUAAGUCGGUCGCCAACCGAAGAAAGCGAGCCACGAAGCUCCUUCCUUGCGUGCAGGACAUCAUGGAGUACCUCCAGGCUGAGGCGGAGGAAACCGAGGACUAG